AUGUCGCUCCCACGGCCAACCGCAGGCCCACCUGCAUCACCGCUGCCCCCCAUUCCUCAACCGCGAUCCACUUCAGCGCGGAAGAGCCUGCCUACAGCAACACAAAAAACGUUCAAGACACCCACACGGCCCUCAGCACUCCCCACACCGCAAUCCGCAUCGACAUCAGACCUUCCCCGCGCGUCUUCGUCAGUCGGACGAGCAUCUGGCAUACCUUCUGCCAAGCCGGUCAGGAAGGUGACGAGCAUCGGUUCAUUUCCUGUCCCACCAACGCCCGGAUCGCGACCCACAUCGCAGGAUUCGAGCAACGACAACAUCAAGAAGCGCACCUCAGAUGCCAGCAUCACAAGCUUGACCAAGAGCAAGAAACUACCACGAGUCAGCACAGCCAGCAACUCCAGCUAUCGGUCGACAUCGCAUACCCAGAGCCUUUUCAACGCACACAACGACAUCAAGUCUGCCUCCGUGCCCAAUCACCGCAUAUCCGACGCGCCUUCAAGUCUUCACUCACCACCACAAAGUCGCAGCUCGUCCGCUCAGGGUUCGUACUCGACCUCCGCCACAACGAUUGAAGAAGAUGGAGACGAGGGUCGCGGCCGACCGAAAGAGGUAGACGAUGCCGCUGCAGAGAAGGCGUUCGGCGGGAAAGGUAAAGAGUCAAAAGGCAAUGUGCUUGUCAGCGUCAGGGUCCGACCUGAUGUUGGCGCGCAAGAGAAGUCUGAUGGCGAAGGCGAAUGGAUGGUAGACGGUCGAAGGUCCUUGAUCGCAUACAGAGGCAAAGAAGGCGGCGAUUAUCACUACGAUAACGUCUUCGGUACCUACGACGACAAUUCGAGGGUGUACGACUCCAUUGCGAAGCGGCUGGUCAGACGAGUUAUGGAAGGCUACCAUGGCACUCCUGGUGUCAUUCCAUUGGCCAUCACCGACAUCUUUUCUUACAUCCGCGAAACACCACAACGGGAGUUCUUGCUCCGAGUCAGCUACCUCGAGAUCUACAAUGAGAAGAUACACGACCUUCUUGCAGCUCCUGCUGGCGGAGUUGGUCCAGGGAAUCAGCAAGAAGAGAUUAAAUUGCGAGAAGAUCCGAAACGGGGUGUCUACGCAACACCUCUGAAGGAAGAGAUUGUGCAAAGUCCUACCCAGCUCCUCCGAGUCAUCCACCGAGGCGAUCUCGCUCGACGUACGGGCACUACGCAAUGGAAUGCUCGAAGUUCACGAAGUCAUGCUGUUGUACAAAUCGUUGUCGAAAGCCGAGAACGUGUUGGUGGCCCCGGUUCGAUCUCAGAUGGCAAACGAGUAGGCAUGCUACCAGGUGGCGUGCGAGUAUCGACGCUCAGCUUGAUUGAUUUGGCUGGCUCAGAACGUGCUGCCGAGGACAAGGAGCGGCGUACUGAAGGUGCUCACAUCAACAAGUCUCUUCUCACGCUUGGUUCUGUUGUAAGCAAGCUGUCUGGUACGAAAGACAAGCAGGGCAAUCUAAUUGACAAAGACGGCAAGCAUCUGCCAUAUCGUGACAGCAAGCUUACCCGGCUCUUGCAAGGCGCCCUUUCGGGCAACUCGCUGGUAUCGAUUCUUUGCACGAUUCAACUGGGAUCUCACGGCAGUGUGGCAUCGGCGCAGCAUCACACAGGAGAAACGAUAAACACACUGAAGUUUGCGGCGAGAGCGAAGAACAAUAUCGUCAGCCAUGCCAAGCGAGCAGUCGAAGACGCGGGCGUCAACGCCGGUCUCUUAGAACGAUACAAAGCUGAAAUCCAGAAUCUGAGAUCGCAACUGGACAAACAGCAGCAGAAGAGUGAAGAAAAGGAGGAGCAGCAAAUCGAGAAAGAGGCCGAGCAGCGUCACGAGGAGCAGAUGCUGGAAAUGCAACUUGCUCGCACUGCCUUGAAAGAGCGGAUCGAGCACUUGAAUCGUCUCAUUCUGUGCUCGAAGUCGACAGGCGUCAACAGCGGCGCGGUGUCGUCAUUAGGCAUGCACUCUCGUCUCUCUGCCGACCAGACGGAGUUGACAGGAAGCCGCUCGCUGCGAUCAUCAGCCAGCCAUUCAACGCUCGGCGCAACUCCCACAUUUACUCGUCAGCCGUCGAUGCAGUCCAUCGGUGGCGGCGUGCGUAUCUCGGGACACCUAGCUGCUGCGUACUCAGCACUUGCAGAGGACGAAGAUGACCAGUCAGGUGCUUAUGGUGAUGGGCUUGCUUCUCUGCAGGCACAGAAUCGUGCUCUCCAAGGUGAUCUGCAGGAUAAGAAUCGAUACAUUGCGACGCUUGAGAAACGGCUCUUGCAAGCAAGACGGUCAAGCCAUUCUCGAGUUUCAAUGGCUUUCAACAAAGGCAAUGAGCCGGACGAGACCGUGCGGCAACUCGAGGCCAAGGACGCACAGAUUGCGGAUCUACAACGUACAGUCGCUGCCCUUCGAUCUGCAGUGCGGAAACGGGAGACGGCCGAGCUUACGCCUGACAUGCUCCAACUCGAGAACAAAAGCAACAAGCCAGUGGAGAACAAUCGUGGAAGCAGUGGUAGCGGCUCCAACAGUAUGCAGAGCAAGCGAACUUCGGCCGACUCUGAAACUCCACGAUCACCGACAGGAACGAAAAGUCCAUUGAGCUUACUGUCACCGAAAAAGGACGUCGACAAUCGACGGCGGUCCGUGGAUGAAAUGUCGAAGAUGCUGGACGAGCUGAUCCAAGACAAGGUCGAAAGUGGUCACCUUAUCAAGGGAAAGACAGGCUCAGUCCGAGCUCCACCUCGGACAGCAUCUCGACAACACUCGAAGAGAAAUUCGAGUACGCCCUCGCUGGGCAUGGCGUCGAUGGCUGCCUCGCUCAGGGACUCGACUGUACCUGAGAUCGUUGCAGAGCCAGAGGGCAUGAGUCCAGUCUAA